CGGGCUGACAGCUCUCGACGAGGCGUUGCUGCUGCUCCCGAGCGCAAUGGAGGGGACGGCCUUGGCCGUCUGCGAGAUUUUGAGAUACUUAAUAAUUCACUGGAAAUGUGAAACAGCAGGACUACCAAAGGGGGCAUUGUUGGAAGGAGAGCUAGUGAUUUCUACAGAAGCGUUAAAUUCUGAGCACCAGGCAAAUGCUCUUCAUUGUGUAACAACUAUUGCUUCUGCAGGAAGCCAUUGUGAUGGCUUUGUCCUCAAGAACUUCCUAAAAGAAAUACAGUCUAUACUGCCGGGAUUGUCUGCGAAGCUGAUGUGGACUUUAGAGGAAACCAGCUCUUCCCCGAACACAUCAGGGGUAUCACCCUUCCAGAUGAUUUUUGAGGUUGAUGAAAAGCCCAGAACUUUGAUGACAGAUUGUCUGGCUAUAAAGAAUUUUUUACACAAAAUCACCAUGGUGCACCCUAAGAUCAGAUUUCAUUUCAGUGUAAAGGUGAAUGGAACCCUCUCUGAGGAGAUCUUUGGGGCAGAGAAUGAACCCAUUUUGAACCAACCAAAUGGAAUUGCUCUUGUCGUAAACUAUCAGCGUUAUGUGAGUAGACCAAAAUUUGGUGUAACUGAAUUACUCUGCGGCAGAAUUCACCCUGUGCCAGGACAACCAGUAACACUUUCCAUCCCUGAUGACGUGGCUGCCGUGGGCUUGUUGGGGGAACUGAUACUGACACCAGCUGCUGCUCUCUGCCCCUGCCCGAAGGCCUUUUCCAACCAGAUGAACAGGAUUUCUUCAGUUUCCGUAUUUCUCUAUGGACCUUCAGGUCUGCCUCUGAUAUUGCCAAGUAGGGAGCAGCCAACUACUGUCUUCGCAGACAUCUCUUGUUUCAUUGACUGGAAGAAAUACCACUUAUGUGUGGUGCCCAAUUUGGAUUCCAAUUUGGAUAGAGAUUGGGUGCUUCCAGAUGUGAGUUAUCGAGUGGAAUCCUGUGAUGGGGACCAGUCUCAGAUCAUUGACCCUCAGGGACACACUCUGCUGCUCUUCCUCUUUGUGGAUUUCCACAGUGGAUUUCCAGUCCAGCAAAUGGAACUCUGGGGAGUCUAUGCUUUGCUCACAACUCAUCUCAAUGCCAUCCUCCUGGAGAGCCAUCGAGUGGUACAAGACUCUGUCCGGAUCGCUGUGGACCAGGCCUUAGAGCAGCAUCACCAGGUUGCUAAGGCUCAUCAGAAACUGCAGGCCUCCCAUGCUGUGGCUGUGAAUUCCAUCAUGAGUGUUGUGGUCGGAAGCACCAACAGCACCUUCCGGAAGAUGUGUCUCCAGGCCUUUCAGGCAGCUGACACACGAGAGUUUGGGACCAAACUGCACAAAGCAUUUAACGAGAUUACCCAGCACCGAUUUCUUCACUGCUUAGGUGGGGUAAAGCAGCUACCCCCCGAGAAACAUGAUGUGGCCCAGAACACUGAGGAUGCGUGUGAGAGCUGCAGCCCGGAGCACCUUCCAGGUGAGGUUUUCGCUCUGCGGGUGAGCCCUGGACUCAGUUGGGGAGGAGUGCAAGUAAAAACCGUGACUUCAGCAUUCCACUGUCCCACUGCCUUUUUCCACAGCAGUGUCCCUUUGGGAUUUAGUGGCUUUUUAGUGCCUCUGUGGGCCUUCUGGGACAGCAGCAGGCAUCCCUCCCAAAAGUUGCUCUGAUAGGACUAGAAUUUUCUUUUUUAAUUGUACUUUAGAUGGUUUACAGAACUAGUUUCUCAUUAAACAGUACACAUAUUGUUUUAUGACACUGGUUAACAACCCCACAACAUAUCAACACUCUCCCUUCUUGGGUUCUGUAUUACCAGCUUUCCUGUCCCCUCCUGCCUUGUAGUCCUUGCCCCUGGGCUGGUGUACCCCUUUAGUCUCAUUUUGUUGUUUUAUAGGCCUGUCUAAUCUUUUGCUGAAGGGUGAACCUCGGGAGUGACUUCAUUACUGAGCUAAAAGGCUGUCUGGGGCCAUACUCUCAGGGUUUUCUCCAGUCUCUGUCAGGCCAGUAAGUCUGGUCUUCUUUAGUGAGUUGGAAUUUUGUUCUACAUUUUUCUCCAGCUCUGUCCAGGACCCUCUACUGUGAUCCCUGUCAGAGCAGUCAGUGGUAGCCAGGCACCAUCUAGCUGUACUGGACUCAGUCUGGUGGAGGCUGUGGUAGAUGUGGUCCAUUAGUCCUUUGGACUAAUCUUUCCUUUGUGUCUUUAGUGUUCUUCAUUCUUUCCUGCUCCCAAAGGGAUAAAACCAGUGGAGUAUCCUAGAUGGCCGCUCACAGGCUUUUAAGACCCCAGACUCUACUCUCCAAAACAGAAUGUAGAGCAUUUUCUUUAUAAGCUGUGUAGGACUAGAAUUUUCUAAGGCAGUUUGUGCAGUCACAGGUAGCUGCAUGUGAUUGGGAAGGGGUAGGAGGCUGACUCAGCCCUGAAUGCAGGUGGUUCCUUCACACCUUUUCUUGGUCAUUAGGGUUGAUACAUAAGGAGCCCUGGUGGUGCAGUGGUUAAGCGCUCAGGUGCUAACCAAAAGGUCGGAGGUGUGAACCCACCAGCAGCUCUGUGGGAGAAAUGACUGGGCAAUGUGCCAUAAAGAUUUCAGCCUAGAAAACCCCAUGAGGUGGUUCUCGUUGAGUCAGAAUCAAUUUGACAGCACUUGACAACAGGGCUGAUGCAGCUGCUCUCCCGUUGGGCUCUAGAAGCUGCUGCCGGAUGCAGACACUACCUGAGCCUCAAUAUGUGUUGUGGGGAAGUGUGUGUGCUCUGAUGGCAAUGAUGCUGAAGUCUUUUCCCCACACACGCCCUCCCCUGACACAGACACUAAACAGCCUCUGGGCCAGCAGCGGCAGGGCGUGCGGCUGGGAACAGCCACAGCCAUGGGUGCCUCAGCCUGCAAGGCUGGCAACCAUAGUGCAGGUCGCACUUACAGCCUCUGCCAGGUGCCAGGUGCCAGGCGCCAUUCCGGGCUUUUUAAGUGUAUUAACUCUCCUAAUUCACACGGCAGUUUUUUGAAGUGUAGGUAUUAUUUGCAUUUUCCAAAUGAGGAAACUGAGGCCCAGAGAUGUUAAUAAACUUGCCCAUGGUCACAUAGCUAGUAAACAAGCAACCGCCAGAAUUCAAACUCAGGCCGCUUAGCCGCAGCAGAGCCCAAUUAGCAAGGAUGCCCUCCUAUGGAUCCACAGUCCUCCCACCCAAACAGUGACUGGGUUUGGGGGAAUUUAGGAACUGUGACUUCAGCUGUUGUGUUUGUAAAGUCACUCUUCGAGGUCACAACUACAGCAGGCUGCAUAUUGUCUGUGCUUAGGCCUAAGAUGUAUUCCCAAACCACUCGGCCAGCAGAGCCAGGUUCCAGAUGUCGAGGGGGCUGUUGCUACUUAACAGAAUCCUGCAGUGAAGAAUUGUAUGAAGCAAAGAAUCUGUUCUUAUAAACUGAGAUUUGGGGAUUUAAAAAAAUGGAAGCAUAUCUGUACAACAUUCAAUUCAGCAUUUACGCAGUGGGGAGAGAUGAAGAGUCAGGAAGGAAGGAAAUCAACAUUGAACUGAGCACCCUCUAUGGCAUCUAGUUGCUAGGCUCUUCCAGACUCCUGGCGUCUAGUCCUCAUCGGCCCUUGGGUGUGGGUGGCUCCACGCCCAGGCUGAGGUCAGGUGUUAAGAGUGCUUAGCACCAGGAUCUGAAUCUCAGCUUGCUACCUCCAAAGCCCGUGCAUUCUCCACUGUGCAGCGUGUGCCUUAAAACCUAGGUGUUUAUAAUCUGGUGGGACCCCAAUCAAUUGCCUGACCUGCUCCACCUUACAGACCUGAAACUUAUCCUAAUCAGUCCCACACCCCACAUGGGCACCUCUGCUGGGAAAACCACUGCCUGGCCACGAUCCACUCGCUGACUGGCCUUCAGUUCACCAACCUUGCCCCUUGUCUUCCUCACCCCCUCUCCUCGGUGGCUACUCUAUUCUUUUUAAAAAUCUCCCCAGCCUCUUCCUCUUGGCUCAGCCUCUGCUGUCUACUCACUCAUCUCUUUCAGUAAACCGGACACCCUCACAGCAGACUUUCAUUAGCCUGGCCCGUCCCUCCAGGCUCAGGGGUGGUAGUAUCCCUCCUGCCUUCUCUGGGACUUGCUUGCAUCAGUGUCCCUUCUUCUGCCCCUCCAGCCUCUCUUGAAUUUUGUCCCUCACUAGGUCACUCUCUCAUUUCUUCAGAAGGAAAAUUUCCACUGAGUUUCUGUUAAGGGUGAUGAAAAAAUUUGGAAAUGAAGAGGUGAUGAUGAACAUGGUGCAACAUGGUGAACGUAUGUCACGGAAUUGUACAUGUAAAAAUGAUUCAAAUGGUAAAUGUUUUGUAAUAUAUAUAUUACCAUAAUUAAAAAAUAAAGGACCCCAUGACCAUGAAACUUCCUCUACACAUCCCCAGUCUCCAAUCUCUCUCUAUUUAUCUCAGCCAAGGUUCUCAACAAAGCAAGAGGCACCCUGGUCUCCCCUUCUUCCUCUCAUUCUUGCCCUAACCUGCUUGGUGGGCUCCAAAAUGAAGAGUCUGUCAUUAGGGAAGUCCUCUUAAUUUCUAAAUUAAUUGUGUGCUUGUCUUCAUCGCUUGAGCCACUGAUGGUCUGUUUUGCAUUCAGCCCCUGGCCACAAGAGCCAAAAUAUGACCUUGAGUAUAUCCCACCUGAAUUUGGAAACCAUCUCAAGAAUAGAUUCGAUGCACUGAACACUAAUGACCGAAGACCAGAUUUGAGUUGUGGAAUGACAUCAAGGACAUCAUACAUGAAGAAAGCAAAUGGCCAUUAAUAAGACAGGAAAGAAAGAAAAGACCAAAAUGGAUGUCAGAAGAGACUCUGAAACUUGCUCUUGAACAUAGAGUAGCUAAAGUAAAUGGAGAAAAUGAUGAAGUAAAAGAGCUGAACGGAAGAUUUCAAAGGGUGGCUUGAGAAAACAAAGUAUUAUAAUGAAAUGUGCAGAGACCCGGAGUUAGAAAACCAAAAGGGAAGAACACACUGAAAGAACUGAAAAUUCAAGCCUCGAGUUACAAUAUUGAAGGACUCUAUGGGCAAAAGGCUAUUCAUAAGGUUUUCACUGGCUAAUUCUUUUCAAAAGUAGACUGCUGGGUCCUUCUUCCUAGUCUGUCUUAGUGUGGAAGCUCAGCUGAAACCUGUCCUCCAUGGGUGACCCUGCUGGUAUCUGAAUACCGGUGGCAUAGCUUCCAGCAUCACAGCAACACACAACUCCCCCACCCCGGCCACAGUAUGACAAACUGACAGACGCAUGGGGGCAAAAUAUCCUCACAACUGGACCAAUAAGCCACAUCAUGAUAAAUGGAGAAAAGACUGAAGUUGUCAAGGAUUUCGUCUUACUUCACAUGAAAGCAGCAGUCAAGAAAUCAAAAGACACAUUGCACUGGGCAAAUCUGCUGCAAAGGACCUCUUUAAAGUGUUGAAAAGCAAAGAUGGCAUCUUGAAGACUAAGGUGUGCCUGACCCAAGCCAUGGUAUUUUCAGUCACAUCAUAUGCAUGUGAAAGCUGGACAAUGAAUAAGGAGGACUGAAGAAGAAUCAACAACUUUGAAUUGUGGUGUUGGCGAAGAAUAUUGAGUAUACCACGGACUGCCAAAAGAACGAACAAAUCUGUCUUGGAAGAAGUACAACCAGAAUGCUCCUUGGAAGCAAGGAUGGCAAGACUGUGUCUUACAUACUUUGGACAUGUUGUCAGGAGGGAUCAGUCCCUGGAGAAAGACAUCAUGCUUGGUAAAGUACAGGGUCAGCAGAAAAGAGGACGACCAUCAAUGAGAUGGACUGACACAGUGGCUGCAACAAUGGGCUGUAGCAUAACAAAGAUGGUAAGGAUGGCGCAGGACCAGGCAGCGUUUCAUUCUGUGGUACACAGGGCACUAUGAUUUGGAGCUGACUCAUCGGCACCUAACCACAACAUGGGCAAAAUACUGAACAAUGCAGGAGGCAUUAAAAGAUGGGAAGAAAUACAGUCACUGUACCAAAAAGAACUGGUCAACGUUGAGGCAUUUCAGGAGGUAGCAUAUGAUCAAGAACUGAUGGUAUUGAAGGAGGAAGUCCAAAUAUCAAUGGAAAUGUUUCAACAAAUGGAUGCAGCGCUGGAGGUGCACACUCGUCUAUGCCAUGAAAUUUGGAAGACAGCUACCUGGCCAACCAACUGGAAGAAAUCCAUAUUUGUGUCCCUUCCAAAGAAAGGUGAUCAAACAGAAUGUGGAGAUCAUCAAACAAUAUCAUUAAUAUCACACACAAGUAAAAUUUUGCUGAAGAUAAUUAAAAUGGUUGUAGCAAUACAUUGAUAGGAAAUUGCCAGAAGAGGGUGUGGAAUGAGAGACAUCAUUGCUGAUGUCAGACAGAUCUCGGCUAAAAGCAGAGAAUAUCAGAAGGAUGUCUACCUGUGUUUUAUUGACUAUGCAAAGGCAUUCGACUGUGUGGAUCGUAACAAGUUAUGGAUAAUGUUGUGAAGAACAGGGAGGUGGGAGCCCUGGUAGCUUAGUGGUUAACAGCUGCGGCUACUAACCAAAAGUUUGAAUCCACCAGUGGUUAAGAGCUACUGUUCCUAACCAAAAGUUCUACUCUGCCCUAUAGGGUCGCUGUGAGUCGGAAUCAACUCAACAGCAAUGGGUUUUUUGGUGAAGAAUGGGAGUUCCAGAACACUUAAUUGUGCUCAUGUGGAACCUAUACAUAGACCAAGAGACAAUUGUUUGACCAGAACAAGGGGAUAUUACGUGGUUUAAUACCAGAAAAGGUACGCAUCAGGGUUGAAUCCUUUUACCAUACUUAUUCAGUCUGCAUGCUGAGCAUAUAAUCCGAGAAGCUGGACUAUACAAAUAAGAAUGGGGCAUCAGGAUUGGAGGGAGACUCAUUAACAACCUGCGUUAUGCAGAUGACCAACCCUUGCUUACUGAAAGCGAAGAGGACUGGAAGCACUUACUGAUGAAAAUCAAAACUACACCCUUCAGUAUGGAUUACACCCCAACAUAAAGAAAAGUCCUCACAACUGAACCAAUAAGCAAUGUUAUGAUAAACAGAGAAAAGAUUGAAGCUGUCAAGAAUUUAAUUUUACUUGGAUCCACAAUCAACACCCAUGGAAGCAGCAGUCAAGAAAUCAAAUGAUGCAUUGCAUUGGGCAAAUCUGCUGCAAAAGACCUCUUUCAAGUGUUCAAAAGCAAAGAUGUUACUUUAAGGACUAAGGUAUGCUUGACCCAAGCCAUGGUAUUUUCUAUCGCCUCAUAUGCAUGGGAAAGCUUGACAAUGAAUAAGGAAGACCGAAGAAUUGAUGCCUUUGAAUUAUAGUGUUGGCGAAGAAUAUUGAAUAUACCAUGGAAUGCCAGAGGAACCCUGGUGGUGAAGUGGUUAAGAGCUCAGCCAUUAACCAAAAGGUGGGUAGUUCGAAUCCACCAUCUGCUCCUUGGAAACCCUAUGGGGCAGUUCUAUUCUGUUCUAUACUCUGAGUUGGAAUUGACUCGAUGGCAAUGGGUUUUGGGUUUUUGGACUGCCAGAAAAAUGAAGAGGUCUGUCUGGGGAGAAGUACAGCCAGUAUGCUUCUUAGAAGCAUGGAUGGAGAGACUCUGUCUCAGGUAAUUUGGACAUGUUCUCAGGAGGAACCAGUCCCUGGAGGAUAUCACGCGUGGUAAGGUAUGUGUCAGCGAAAAAAAGACCCUCAACGAGACAGACUGAUGCAGUGGCUGCAACAGUGGGCUGAAACAAAGCAACAAUUGUAAGGAUGCAACAGGACUGGGCAGUGUUUCCUUCUGUCAUGCAUAAGGGCACUAGGAGUCGGAAGCGACUCGAUGGCACCUAACAACAGCAACAACUUCAUCAUAUCUACAUGCAGAGCUUGACGCUGUCUAAAGAAUUCUCUGGCUUUGGCUGUGACUCCUCUGCUUCCUCCCUCUCUGACCUCCUCUUCAGCCAGCCUCCUCUGGCCACCCCCAAGCAGCGCUCACACUGCACUUCCUCCCCAGCUGCUUUGCCAUGGAGGCAUUGACCACUGCCUCUGGGCAUAUCCAGCCCA